AUGGCCGCCGACUACUCCGGAUGGUGUUUGAUCGAAAGCGACCCCGGGGUGUUUUCGGAACUCGUCGAAAUGCUGGGCGUCCGCGGUGUCGCCUUCGCUGAGGUGUACGGACUCGACAAAGAGGCCUUCGACGCCCUCGAGGCGGAAGGCUCUCACAGAAAAGUUUUGGGAUUUAUUUUUCUCUUCAACUGGGGCAAAGACAAAAAGCGCCAGCGCAGCAGCAGCAGCAGCAGCAGCAGCCAGGGAGGCGCUGCAGCAAACCCCCAAGUCCCCCAAGACCUUUUCUUCGCUGCUCAGGGCCCCCUCUGCGUGGGAGAGAUCAACGGAGAAAACUGGAUUGAAGUUGCCAGAAGGGAAAUCCAGCGCCGAGUGGAGGAAAUUCAAAGUCAGGGAGAAGAACUUCGCUUCAACUUGAUGGCUCUGACUACAAACCCUCUCGACGAAAUCGAAGAAGAAUUAAAACGCCUUCAGGAAGCAGCAGCAGCAGCAGCAGAACAGCUGCAGGCUGGAACUGCUGCUGACUCAAAGGAGCUGCAGCAGGAGUGGCAGAGGGAGAACGCGCGGCGUCGCCACGACUUCACUCCCUUUAUUUUAUGUGCCCUCAGGCACCUGGCGAGGAAGGGAGAAUUAGUAAAGGCUGUGCGGCGAGCAACAGCAGCAGCAGCAGCAGCAGAAGCAGCUGCUGCAGCAAAGACCGUUUAG